AUGGGCACAGCAAAGCAGAAAUCAACAAAUAAUCAGAGUAGAUUUUUGAACAGAAAUCCACUGUCAUUUUCCAUGCGACAAAAGAAGAAGGAGCGCUCGGAAGUGCGAAAUAAUGCUUCCUACAAUGCUUCAUCCCCGGCCUUACCAGCACAUGAAGAAUGCCCAAGCCCUAUUCAGUGUGAGUACACAGUAAGCAAUGAGAGCCUAUCCCCUGUCAUGGAAGAAACUGCCACACAUCAAUCACUUGCAACCCAGAAACCAGCCGCCAUACCAGCAACUCCCAAGCAACCUCCUAAACGAUUGGACUCUGCAGCCAUUUUCCCCUACAGCAACAAACCGCAUGAAACACGAAAAAAGACCAUUGCAGAGGAAAGUAAACAAUGGGAGUCCUUGUUUGACCCUCAACAUACAUUUGGCUCAUUUCAAACUAGCAUUGCAAAACCCGUGUCAUCUCAGCAUUACUUUUACAAGGGAAAAUGGCCUUUGGAUCAAGAAGACAUCUUGGGCAUGAUCCCAAAACCCAAAAAGACGCUCCAUCAACAGAACAGCGCAACAACAACCCCAAAUCUGUCUAUAGUUGAUGGAGAUGGAGCAUCCACAGCAGCAUUUGCAUUCCCUACAGUGCCCAGUCCAACAUUGCCAAAUAAGAAGCAGCUGGAAUUGCACAUCAAUCCCGUUUUGCAGGACAAUGAAAAUGACAUCUUUGAUGAUUCGUUUCCUAAAAGCGGCUCACAGAUCGAAAUACUGCCUUGUCCAUCACUAACACAGUUUCCAAAGUACAAAAAGACAGAAAACGAAGUGCUGUGGAAAGACAGGCUGGAACUACUGAAGAAGAUUCAACAUCAAGGAUUUCGCGAAGAUUUGAAUGGAACACUCAGUAUUGGAAACCAAGAAUCUGCUGCCGUUCGGUUACAACGACAAAUAAAACGAAAGGCAGAGAAGAUCAUGCGUGAGACACUGGUUUAUUCCAAUACGGAGGAAGACGAGGAUAACGAUGAGAACGAACAUAACUGUAACAUAGCAAAUGCGGCGGAGAAGGGGACAUUAUUGGUGGCUGUGGAGCCCGAUACAAUGCUUGUGGAUUUCAGCACCUUACAUACUAAGGAAGAGCAAGACACAGUUAGCAGCUUGCAUUCAAUACAGCCAUACGAAUCAAGCUUAGUGAGUCUGGAUGAUGAAUGGGAGAACAUCUCGUUUAAACCGCCGUGUUCCGUCAAAGAUGUCGACAUUGAAAAUCAAGCCAGCAAGCAAGACCUUGCAGACAUCAAGCGCAAAAACCGCCCUACCUUUUUGCUCUUUGCAUAUGGAUUCCUGUUCCCUCCACUGUGGAUUAUUGGCGCUUUAUACAGCCCAAGUCGAUCACUGCAAAGAACAGCAUCUAGUAAAAAGAUAGAUCAAAAAUGGAAGAAUUAUUCCCGAAAUGCAUUUUUUGUAUUUAUCGUGAUAGUGGCAACUAUCAUUGUACUGAUUCUAGUGCUGAAACCACAAACUGUAGGAUUUAGAAGUAGUGGCGACCAGAUAUAUCCAGAAGAAAGAAUCGUUUUCGAUGAAAAUAAUGCGCAUAUCCCACUGUAA